AUGGAUGAUGACGCUGUCUUAGCUGCAGCUGCUGCAAUAAUAAUCGGAGGUGUAGCUUGUCAGCGACGCCCACGACCUCGGAGAUUUUGGGUGAGACCCAGUAUCAAGAAAGGCCGACACAGAUAUGGGGCCAGCGAGUUCAUGAAGGACCUACUCCUAGAUGAAGUCGACGAACUUAACUUGGAAUACAGAAACGACGUGGGAUUUACAAACUUUUUUCGGAUGAAGAGGACCGAUUUCGAUAUACUGCUGAGAAUGAUUGGACCAAAAAUAGCAAAACAAAAUACAAGCUUCAGAGAAGCCAUUCCAGCAAGUGAACGUCUCGCUGUCACCCUGCGCUUCCUUGCAACUGGUGAUUCGUAUCAUUCUUUAAUGUACCUAAUGAAGAUUUCGAAGCAGGCUAUUUCUAGUUUUGUGCCAGAAGUAUGUGACGCCAUCGUUGAGGCUCUUCAAGGGUAUAUAAAGAUGCCUCAAAGUGAAGAAGAGUGGGAAUCAAUUGCCAAACAGUUCGAAGAAAAGUGGAACUUUCCCAAUUGCGUCGGAGCUAUCGACGGUAAACAUAUAGCGUUGAAAGCUCCUGUUCGUUCAGGCUCAGAUUUUUUCAACUACAAGGGUUAUUUCAGCAUCGUUCUUCUCGCUGUGGUGGAUGCUAACUAUAAUUUCAUUUACGUGAAUGUGGGGUGCCAAGGAAAAAUCUCAGAUGGAGGUGUAUUCAACAAUACAUUUUUCAAGAAAGCACUUGAAGAAAAUUCACUCCAUUUCCCUCCUCCACGGGCAUUGCCAGGGAGAUCCUCCACGACUCCUUUUGUGAUAGUUGCGGACGAUGCAUUCCCUCUAUCUCCAAAUAUUAUGAAAGCCUACUCUGGAUCGCAUGAUAAAGGAUCAAAGAAGAGGAUAUUUGGCUAUCGAUUGAGCAGGGCUCGAAGAGUAUCAGAAAACGCAUUCGGAGCCAUAACCAACAGUUUUCGUGUAUUUCGAUCUCCCAUGGAAUUGGAACCUGACACUGCUACGAAAGUGACGAUGGCUGCCGUUUGCCUUCAUAAUUACUUACGAAAAAGCUCUUCAAGAACAGUCUAUAAUCCAGUCGGAAUGUUUGACAGUGAAUCGAUAGACGACGGGGAAAUUAUUCCUGGUUUUUGGAGGCAUGAUGCGUCGUCUUGGCAACUACGCGACUUUGCAGGAAUUCCCAGAAGGAGUACCGCUGUCGCUCAAGCUAUCAGAGACGAGUUCGCAGAAUAUUUUAUUUCGCCAAUUGGCAAACUGAAUUUCCAAAACAACAAGUGA